UCCCCAUUGUGUCAUUUGUUGUUGUUCUAGAGCGCACGCACGCCAGUUCCGCUGCAGUUUUCGGGGGGUGAUAAGCGUGAUUACGGGAGUUAGAAGUGCGAAUCAAUCGUUUCCCCACGCGAAACAGUGCCACUGCUGCAGGGAUAUCGAAAUACCUAGCUCGUGGUAGAGUGAAGCGAAAAAGAAGCGAAAGUGAUACGAAACCGAAGUGAGUGUGAAUUUAUUCACGAAAAGCGAAACGUCGAAAUCAAAAGCAGCAGCACACACACACUCGGGCCCGCACUGAUAAGCGUGUGCGGUGAAUCUUUUGCAGAGUGUGUAACAAAUUUACCUUCCCCCGCGGUGCGCACCAGCUUCCGUGUCCGAUUGUUUCCGCCAGGUGGAGAAGCAAAAAAGCAGCAGCAGCAACCGCAAACGGAAUGUGUGCGAACGUGUCGUGUGUUGUGCGCGCUGCCAGCAUGAUGUCACAGUGUGCUACGCUGUGCAGUGCCCCACGGAUGCCACCGCGGCUUAGUCACCGGAUAGGUGGGAUGGCUGGUGCUUCCAUAUCCUUCCACAGCACGGCCCAGCAGCAGCAGCACCGGGUCACCCAACACCAGCCAGCGCGAGUCGCCGCCCGAACUGGAUACAACCACCACCUCCAACGGCAGCCCGUGAUGGCGCGGGCGUACUUCUUUCCGGGAGGUGGCCCGGUGCGGUCCUACACCCAGGCCGCCUCGACCCUCACCCGGGAGCAGCUGCACGAUCUGGUGUACAGGUUAAACGAAGAUGAAAGAGAAUUGCUCAUGAACACGCUCAAGCAAUUCGAAUCCAACAAAGUGAAGGCAAAGUUUGAAGGGCAGUUGGCAGCAACCGUUUGGCGAAGUAGAUUCGGCCGUCCAGCAAAGCUAAAGCCGGUCCUGGGUGAUGUAGAUCCGACCGGUUCCUACUGCGCGGUGCCGGAAGAUUGGCUGCAAAAGAAGUUCGCCGAAACAGUGCCAGUACCACCGACUUCGGACCUCAUGAAACUUGGAUUGGUGAACGCCCUCCCAUUCAUUGGAUUUGGUUUCCUUGACAACUUUACCAUGAUCAUUGCGGGCGACUACAUCGAGCACACGCUCGGGCUGUUCAUGUGCAUAUCGACGAUGGCGGCGGCAGCACUGGGGAACACCAUCAGCGACGUAAUCGGCAUCGGGUCCGCCUUCUACGUGGAGAAGCUGGCCGAAAUGAGUGGCGUGAAGCCGCCGAAGAUGUCGCCGAUCCAGCUGGAGAUGAAAGCCAGCCGAAGGGCGGCCAAUUUGGGACGAGUGCUGGGUAUUACCAUCGGAUGUCUACUGGGAAUGUGCCCUCUAUUAUUCAUGAAGGAGGAUAAGGAGAAGGAAAAGGACAAGGAUAAGAACAAGCCGUCGGAAGCAAGUGCGACUGAUGCUGCUGCUGCUGCUGCGGAUGGUGUUGCGAACAUUGUUGCCGUGAAAUAAGCCUCCGUCAGUGUGCAAAAGGUACUGAAUUUGAGCUGCGCUGCUGAUGCUGUGUGUUGUUGUUGUCGGGGAGGCAGACAUUCUGUGGUUUACGGUCAAUUUACGGUGGCGCUUCACACGCGUGUUGCUCCACGCAAUCGGAAAUUUAAAUUAGCAAACCUUCCAGCUCUCGUUCCGACCCAUCUCCCUCCCUAGCGUGGUUCAUAUUUUACGUUGAUUGAUCGAUAACGACCGCGUUUGUUUGAAAUUUCGAAAUCGCUUCGGGCAUUUUACCGACCAACGAAACGAACGAUAGUAGAGCAUCGUGCUCGAUGAGAGAGGAUAGAUUGGCGGUGAUACCCUCCGCCAGGGAGCCAUGGCUGGGUGGUUUAGGAAUAUGUAAAUAUUAUCAGUUGAUCGAAUCCAGUACUACCCGAGACACACGACACGCUUCCCCGAAACGACGUGCGAUGUGAUGCGUAUCGCGGAUCAGUGGUAUAGGAUUUAUCGUUCCACCGUUCCUCGCUGGGAGAUAAUUUGCACAAGGAUAGAGGAGUUAUUCGAUUAGCCCACUGCACACGAUUGGUGCUACUGUGUUAUUACUAUUGCUAUAUUUAUUAACCACCACUCUCAACGCAACGCAGCAGCCCACAAUCGCUUUCCUGUGUACUGUUUGAGCGAAAACAAUACGACUUAGUGCAACGUGCUUGUGUUUCGGUUAGUGUGUUACGAUUGUGUUUCAGAUUAGUAUCGUUAAGAGAAUGGGAAGGAGCAGCAAACUUUGUUAAUGAUUAAUGUUCUAGGCAAACCUGUUACCUACUAGUAGCGGAAUGACUAGUCAAACUAGUCCCUAUCUAUAUAAUGUGUUACUGUCGACGCAAUAGAGGAAACAAAAAAAAAAAACACGCAACAAACGAUAUUACUCCUCGGCUCGGGAUGAGCGUAGUACGUACGCGUCGUGCUAUACUAAACUAAUAGACGAAUUAAGAAUUCGAUGACACAACACCAACCAGCCAGCCGUGACCCACUCUAGUAGCAUCAGGCUUAGUUUAAGCGCUAUUCGAACACGAGAACGAGUUUUGUUGCUUGCGAUUGAUUGCGAUUUGAAAGAGUAAAACUAUCCACUUUCUUCCCAACUUUCGGCGACGACUUUAAAAGGAGAGAUGGCGGUUUAUUAACGAGGUUGAGAAAUUACUUCGAAAACAAACAAAAAAUGCUAUUAAACAAAUUAUUAAUGUCACUUAGGGGUAUGUAGGCGAGAGUGCAGUGUAGUGUAAUUGGGUCCAUUUAAGAACAAAACAAGAAAAAAAGAUGCAGGAAUACUUUUUAUUAGCGAUUAGAGAUAUUUAAACACAUUGGUAUUAGCUUUCCGCUAAAUCCGUGACCAAUUUCUCAAGUAUGUACUAGCAGUAGUAAUAGUAGUAGUAGUAGUAGUAGUGGUAAUAGUAGUAGCAUAGUAAAAGCAGAUAUAAUCAUCGUGUUCGUUGGUGUGAAUGAAAGCUUACCAAAAUUCUUCUCUUUGCGCCAUUUUGCAGGAAAGCAAUAGAUUACAAUAUACCUCAUUAAUUUCGCAUACAAGUAUUUACUUACCGCACAUGCUGCGCCGCCGCCCUCCUGUGUGGCACACUAAGGUGAAACGCUUUCGCGGAAAAACUUUCACUGAAACCCGUAAGAAUGAGUUGGCACAUUGGCAAACGUUUCGCUUUGCAUUGUUUUUUGUGUUUUUUGUUUUGCGCCACGCAGUAAUAAGCAGCAUGGUUUAGGCAAAUACCAAGUGACCGAGAUCCAUUCACACCUUUUUUUUUGCCUGCGCGGAGUAAAACCAAUAGAAGCAAGUUUUUCGUUCCAUUUCAUUUUUUUGCUUUUUUGUUGCCUUCCUUAUUGCCAACAAAAAAAAAAACACCUUACGAAACAAAACGAUUCGGAACCAAGUUCUUCCACACACACACACACAUUCCCUAUUCGGCGCGCAGAUAUUUUUGACUAAGCAAAAGAAGGAGCUGUCGAAAAAGGCGACGCGCCCCCCAAAUGCUCCAUGUAAAUCCCUCCAUGUUAAGCACAAUAAUAUUCUAAACAUGAUAUUUCUACUUCCCCAAAACCUACACCUCGGCCUUACACCUUUACCUAUCUACUAAUUAUUCGAAGAAGAAGAGGGAGAAGAAGAAAACAAAAACAAAAAUCUAUAGUAUAUCGUUGAAUUGCUUAAGAAAAUGAAACUAUUUUUCUAUCAUCCUUCCUCCUUCUGGCUGGCCUUUCGUCGGCAAGCAAGCAAGCAGUCAAAAAAAUGGGCAGCUACCACUAACUAACUAACUACUAAAAGAAGGGGGUUGGGCAAGUGCAGCCACCUUCACAGUACCUAAGCAUAAUGGGUCAAUUUUCUAGCCACACAGCGCCACCUGGAUACUGUUGUCCCUACGUCGUCUUUCAACCUACUACUACGUACUGUCGAUUAACUUAUAUAGCGUAUGAAGGGGGACAUCCUGCCCCAAACAAAUUAAGGGGGACUUAACCUAAUAAACCACACCAUGAUGCACAAUGCAUUUGCAGCAUACAUAACGUAACACACAGACACACACACACGCUGUAUUCUAGCUAUUAUAGCAAGCAAAACAAAUUGACAAUUUUUGAAUUAUGCUGUAAACUGCGCCAGGAACCGGAAUCGCGGAGCCUAGUGUGUUGAAUGAAAACAAGUAUAGUCUAGAAAAUAAUCCCGUUCUAAUACCGUAUUUCCAUCUCCAAGAGAGCGAUUGCUUGUGAAGUAUGUAAUGCUUUCAGCUAGAUCUUCCAGUUAGCAGAGUUCAGCGAGGGGGAACGAUGGUCAAACCGAUGCUCAAAUCAAAACAAAACAAUGAGAUCACAACACAGUCUCGCAUACACGCACACCGAAUAAUAUAUGAAUAUAUAGUAGGAUAUUAUAGUAUUAAAAAUACUACUACUAAUACACACUCUCUCUGUAUCGCUCUCUCUGGUGUCCUCGACACUCGAUUGCAUGCGCAUACACGAACACGACAAAUGCGAUAAAACAAUACAACAAUCGACGAACAGCAAUAGAGAAACUAGCAAAUAUUGAAAACCGAAAUGUGUACCAAAAUAAACAGUAAAUUCAUUAUCAUAUUCAACCUUA